ACCCAGUGUCUUAUGCAUGUGCCAACUACCAGCUGCCAGGACCCUUCUCCUCUCUGGACUCCAGCAUUGAAAUCCUGAAGAAGAAAGCCCAGGAGCUGAUUGAAAAUAUCAAUGAGAGCAGGCAGAAGGACCAUGCACUUAUGACCAACUUCAGGGACAGCCUCAAGAUGAAGGUCACGGAUCUGACAGAAAAACUGGAGGAGAGGAUGUACCAGGUGUACAGCCAUCACAGCAAGAUCAUUCAGGAAAGGCUCCAAGAAUUCACUCAGAAGAUGGCAAAGAUCAGCCUUCUGGAAAUGGAGCUGAAACAAGUCUGCCAUACUGUGGAAACUGUAUAUAAGGACCUGUGUGUCCAGUCUGAGGUCCCCACGUCAGAAGAACAGAGUUACAAAGACGGUGACUGCUGACUGCUGCUAAGAAGCUCCCGUCUUAAUGACAGUCACCAAGAGAAGGCACGGAGCCAUGCUGAGAUUUUUUUUAAAUAGUCCUGUAAUUCAACACAAACGCCACCAAUGAUCUUUGUGCAAACUACCAAAGUGUGACAAGGUUAGCCCUGCCAUAGGCCCAGCUUUAGCAAAUUCACCCAACCCAUACCUACAGUUGAUUAAAUGUUUGAUUUCUA